AAGUGCCGUAAACAGAUCGCGCAGGAAAGUGUCUCCAAGUAAAACUCUUUCUUGUUUCUUUUAUAAUCGCGACGUAUGUCUUCCUCUCACGUUGAUUUCGUAACUGGAUUCGCACAAAGCUCGCAAGACAAGACCGAGGAGGAUUUCAGUCUCUGCUACGCGUAUCCGGUGAUCGACGAUGAUCGGGACACGAGCGAGGUGCUUACGAGGAGCAAGAGAGCCACGCGAGCGUCGGACGACAAACGCUCGUCGGUCGAGGACGGACUUUACGUCUCCGAGAAUCCGUUCACCAAUAAGCUAGUCAAGCCUUAUCGGCUCGACGAUGUCAAACCGCUGGACUAUGAGUCGCUGCCGCGUUUCCGCGGGAAGCUCGUCGAGAUCGCGGUGCGGGACGUCCGCGUUCACGCGCCGCGUGAGGAAAAUCCGUCCGCCGGGACGACGACGACGACGACGCCCGAGAUCGUCUCGGUUUCCCUGCUCUUCAGAGGCAAGUCGAUAUUUACGGCGAGCAGUCCGUUCAACCGUAAGCUGUACAAAGUGCUGAUGAGAAAUUCGGAACGCCACGAUCUCUCGAUACAGGUGCACGCGCGACACGGGACAUCCAGUGUGCUUCCGCUGCCGUUGCCCCAGCGCAGCGUUAGGGACCACAAGGUGGAGAUGGAUUUCGCGAUCGGCGGCGACUCGGGUAGAAUAUAUGCCGGAACGGUCGUAUGCACUGUUUCCCUGUCGACGUACGGCAGCAGCAGCAGCAGCAGCGAACCGGAACCGGAGGAGAGCGUCGCGUGCCUUUACAGACCGAGCAACGAUCCGAACGAUCCGCAGAACAGUCUCUCCUUAUCGCGACCCCACAGACGUUCCAUCGCCAGCAAGAAAGAUGUCAAGUAUUUUCUACUGACGGAUCCGGCUCUGAUUUUCGACGUCGCGGACGUCGGCGCGAGCAUUCGCAAAGCGUCGCCGCGCGAAUCGAAACCGCCGGACAUCGUCGUGGCCGAGCAGUCCGCGUUCUCCCUGCUGGACAUAUCCCUGAAGAAUCUGUUCCAAGCCAGCCGGCCCCUCAGGCCGUCGUCCAGCAACCGUAGGCAUCACACCAUAGGGAGAACGAUCCUCGCCGUCACCGUUCUGCGCGGAGUGGAGGUGCCGGUGAGGGAGGAAUCGGCGCUGGUCACUCCUCUGCUGGAGGUGGAAUGGGGCAACGUCGUUCACACGACCGCGACGGCGGAGGGGCCCGCGCCCGUCUGGCAGCAGACCAUGCACUUCGAGCUGCCCCGGCAGAACGGCGAGCACUGCGUGAAAUUCCGCCUGUUCGACCAGCACCCCGUCUGGGGCCGGCAGUGGCUGGGCGAGGCGAGAAUACCUCUGGAGAGCCACAGGAAUUAUCAGGAGCUCGAGCGCUGGAUCGCCCUGUCCCCCCUGUUCAGUCCCGUACUGUCGUUCGGCUACGUGCAGGCCAGCCCGGGGCGCUCGCACACCCGGAUCUACGUGCUGAUGAAGAUGGAGCAGCCCGGCAACGCCAAGACCCUGGAAGCUAACGCCCUCGAUACUUUGUUAAAGGGGCUGCAACGCUGCCUGGCGACGCCUUACAGGAUAGCCGGUGUAGAGACCCCCGACGACGCUGCGCGGCUCACCAUGCUUCUGCCGUCCUUGCCGAUGCACUACGGCCCGGUACCGCCGCGCCAGGCCUUAAACGUGAACAAGGUGGAUCACUACGGCAGAGCGGCUUUGCUGGCGACGCUGCUGCAAGGUCUCGGUUUGCGGUCGUAUGUACUGCUAGGUUCUUCGCAAAUAAGCCGAUGGACCGCGUUUGUUUUAAGCAUCGAGGAAAACGACGUCGUCUUGUGGGAUCCCGAAAUCGGGGAUCGUCAUAAAUUGAGCGACAGUCGUUGCUCGCUGAUGAAAGUGUCCCGCUUGAUCAAUCACUCUGGCAUAUGGGAAAACAUGCAGAAGUCCGUUCUGCCUCACAAUUUAAGAUACAAUGUGGCGGUUAGCAAAGAUUGGCGGCCACUCGUGCCCGUCGUGCCCACAUCGACCAGCAGUCGAUCCAUUCAGACAAUGGAGCCGACGGUGCUGCAAAUACCCGAGGAAGACGCGCAGGAGAAGGAAGGCGCGCCGGAAGUGGAGCAAUACUUACGGGACAAAUUGUCCGGCUGGCGCAGCGCUCUUGGUUUAACGACGAUAUUUAAUCGUCACGCGGUCAGCGUUCUGCGAAACUUCGUCUCCGACAUUCCGAGCGACGUGACGCGCCAGGUGGACAAGAGGGACCUGAAACAAUUGUACAGAGCUUAUCACACGCACGGCUUCCUCCUGAACCUGCGUCAGACCGCCCCUGACGAAUUGGCGGAGCAAAUAGCCGCCACGAAGAUUCAGAAUAUCACGGGCCCCGUCGAGUUUGCUCUCGUUUGCCACGUACAACGGUACGUUGGCAAAACGUGCUCGAUAUGGUUGGCUCUAGCGAUUUUACGAAGUCGUGGUUAAUUGCUGUACUUAAAAUUAUACAUUUCUUUCGUCGAUGUGAAAAUAUUUGAGAUUUAAAAUUGCUAAUUUUAUUACGUAUAAGGUAUAUAUACAAUAAAGGAAAAAAAUUAUUUUAUACAUGAUAUUUAAUAUCUAGCAGUUAAAAGUCAGCUGUUAAUCCAUAAGAAAACUUUAUGAAAGAUAUUACUGAUAGGACCAAUAAAUAAUGUAAGCCGUGAAGAAUUAACACAAUGCAUUUUCUUUGUUUUAAGCAUUGCGCAGCAAUGCCUUUUUUAUAACAAUUGCAUCAUCCGUUACAUAUAAUAAUGAUAUUUAUAUAAACACAUUAACAAUAUCAUGUAAUAACCUAAUUAUCUAAGAGAAAUAUAUUAGGAGGAAACACACGAUCCCCGCGCAAAUGAACAUGAUGAUCCAUUUCGUCGCAAAUAACUGUCUUGUAAUUUAUUCAGUAAUUGGUAGCUGCUGUAAUUUUCGAGAUAAGUAAUACAAACGCACACGUACGCUGCAAGAUGUAGAGCAGAUUCACCAAAUGAUUUAUAACGUGUAAUAGAACAAUCGCGAUGAAUGCUUUCUCUGCCGUAUUUUUCUGGUUUUUUUUUCAGUAAUACAAAUUUUUUUUUAUUACUAUCAUAAUAUAUAUCUUCAUUGCGACGAAAGCAUGGUCAUUUGGUAUGUAUGUACAUUACAUAUCUGAAUUAUUCGUUGUAGAAAAGCGUCGGUAUAAAAACCUUCGUCUAAUCGAUCGAUACUUCUUUUUUUUUAUUUAUUGAAAUCUGUUACACUCGAAAACGAAUAGAAAUCUGAUUAUACUUGAUAUAUUUUAUACAUUCAAAUAUAUAUAUUAUAUUUGAACGUAUGUAAAAGCGGGCGAACCUCCGUGUAUCGCGUAUCUCCCCGUUUCUGUGCGGAUCAAUCAGGAAUAUAACUGCGUGAUAGGCUUCCCGAAUUGGGACUUCUAAAGUAUAUUGAUUCAUGCUGUUGCAAAAACGGUUUGAUCUCGAGUCAGUAUCCUCGUAUUAUACGCACACACUCGCAUACAUUUCAUUAUCAAAAUUUUCACAACUAAACUAAUGGGUCGCAUUGAAAUUCGAGCGUUCUUGUUUCUUUCUAAGAGAUGCAAUUUUUCAACUUUUCUACGACAAUCUUCCAUUUUCAAAAUUUUCGUUCAUUCGCCCAUAGAAAAUCCCUCUCGCGUUUUUCUUCCCUCUCUCUUGUUUCCCUGACACGAUCCGUUUAUCUAUUUUUAUCUAUACACACACACACAUAUACGCACAUUUCCCUCCUACCGUUACGAUUAUUUCUCCGGAUAAUCUUACACUUAGGGAAAAACUUAUUUGUCUAUUUUCUGACUCCCCUUCCCCUCUCCCAAAAGAAAGAUCAUUUUUUCUGACAAUAUUUUGAUAUUUAUCUGGAUCCUCUCACACAAUAUGUAAAUCCUUUCACUUCAGUCCAAUACAUAUAUAUUUUUUUUUUUAUUCAUGUGCGAACUCUCAUUCUUGCAGGCCCAUCGCGCUAAUCGCUACUAAACUCAUUCGGUUCUAGACCACUUCUCCAGUGUAUGUCCGUUAAUAUGUACAGUUGCUAGAAUCAGCGUGACGUC